GCUAUAAAAAUUCUUCUUAGCCAAAUUUUAACCCUAGCAGACCAGGGUUUCUUCAUCGUCUCCGUUGCGUCGUUGCCUCCUCCGAGUACCGCAGCAGAAGAUGAAGUUCAACAUCGCAAAUCCGACCACUGGGUGCCAGAAGAAGCUCGAGAUCGACGAUGAUCAGAAACUCCGAGCCUUUUUUGACAAGAGGAUUUCUCAGGAGGUCAGCGGCGAUGCCUUGGGAGAUGAGUUCAAGGGAUAUGUGUUCAAGAUUAUGGGUGGCUGUGACAAGCAAGGUUUUCCCAUGAAACAGGGAGUUUUGACUCCAGGCCGUGUUCGCCUUCUACUCCAGCGUGGUACUCCAUGUUUCCGAGGGUAUGGAAGGCGUAAUGGUGAGCGCAGAAGGAAGUCAGUUCGUGGAUGCAUUGUCAGUCAGGAUCUGUCUGUUCUGAAUCUGGUGAUUGUGAAAAAGGGUGAGAGUGAUCUUCCUGGCUUGACUGACAUUGAGAAGCCGAGGAUGAGAGGUCCCAAGAGGGCUUCAAAGAUUAGGAAGCUUUUCAACCUCUCGAAGGACGAUGAUGUAAGGAAGUAUGUCAACACCUACCGCCGUAAUUUCACUACCAAAUCCGGGAAGAAGGCAAGCAAGGCUCCUAAGAUACAGAGGCUUGUCACUCCAUUGACUCUCCAGAGGAAGAGAGCUCGAAUUGCCCAAAAGAAGCAGAGGAUUGCCAAGGCCAAGACUGAAGCUGCUGAAUACCAGAAACUGCUUGCCUCUAGGUUGAAGGAGCAGAGGGAGAGGCGCAGUGAGAGUUUGGCCAAGAAGAGGACCAGACUCUCUACUGCCUCAAAGCCAUCCGUUGCUGCUUAAAGCGAUAGAAUUGCAAAUGCCCUACUUCAUAUUGUCUUCUUAGUUCUUUAAUAUCGAGGAUUUUUGUCUUGCGAAUUUUGGAGUUCAUUCAACAUUCUACUUCAUACUAUUAUCCUCAAGUUUGAAAUGCUCUUUUACUGUGUUUGAGAUUGAUGUUCUCAAUUUGUUUUGCACUCUCU